AGUCCGAACGCGUCCCACGACUUCUCGCUAUUCUCAAGAGUUCCCUUCACGCCCUGGCUGGCGGUCGGAUCGGGCGGCCAGGGGCCUUUUGGCUUUCUUUUGCCAACCCAUGUCUUUGAGUCUGAAUCCCAACUGCUGUCCCCUUUUGUGUUGCAUAAUUUCACGUUGGACUGCGCUAUCGAGGAAAAACUGGGUUCAUGUUAUAUGCAGCCAUUCAUUCUACUGCAGAACAUAGGCCUCUCUCAAUUGUCUAUUGAGAGGUUAUAUGGCAGUGUCACCCUUGCCUGAUUGGAUGCCCUUCCUAAUCAACCGCGUUUCGGCCGCGGCGGUGACUUCCCCUACGACACCUGCGUUUGACUUCUCCAGGCGAUAUGUCGUUUUCUCGGGCUCGAGAAAUGCGGGCGACUCUAAAGUCCUGGUGGGAUCCUUUCCCCGUGAGGCCAUUUCGCUCUCCUUAAAAGCCACUGGGAUGGACCACUACAUCAUUGUUCAAGGCACAAGGAAUGAUCAGAAAGAAGGACUCAAAGGGGAGGAUCAGAACGGAGGAGGACCAGGUAUAACGGUCAGAAGAACAAUGAUUGCCACGGCAGCGUCUUUAAACGCAAUUGUUUUAAUGUGCAUCUUUAUAAAGUACAAAAGGAAGAGCCGAGCGUCGAGGACUCGAGAACUGUGUUGACGACCAAACGGAAUCUACAAAACUAAGUAGCGCAUGCACACAAAUUACGGAGGAAUGAACAACCCACCCGAAGUGACAACCUAAUAUUUCGGUCACCAUGGUCUGGUCGAUUUUUGAACGUAUGAUUAGCGUUGUGAAAAGUAGUUUGAGCAGGGUUCUUUAAGCUUCAAAUUCUGUUGUGUGAAAUACAUAUCUUAGUGGAUAAUCACCCUCUUCCAGAUGUGAGUGAAUCUCGAUAUGAUGAAUUUCUUACCCCCAGUAAAUUGCUGGCUGGACGCAAUAUAGUGCUGCACCCUCCCUGUGAAUGAAUUUGCUGAGGACGAAAUACCCUAUUGAUCUACAGUUCUGUCAAUAAGUAAGUCGGAUAUGCGAAGCUGAGCCUCGCCCGGCUAUGCCCAUGAGGGGAGCCCGGCCUGUGUCGACUAAUGCUGACUCGCUAACGUGUGUCAGCUGGUGCUGGCUCGGCUGUGCUUAGUUCUUACCCGCCGUGGUGCCCAGCCACAGCAAUAACCUGCAGGCGACAAUUGCAACAUCUCGCGCCUGGGCGGGGCGCGAACCGCCGACCCCUCAAAUGAAAGGCCGACACGUUAACUGUCAAUCAUUUUCAAAAUAAAGACAUUGUUCUGGUUAAUCUCGAUGGUCAUCAUACCUGUGGCCCCUAGAAAAUUGCCAGACUUUUUCAGGGUAGAGACCUGUGGAAAACUGGUUCUGUUGCAGGUCACAGGCAAAGAAUAUGGCAAUCUAGUUCAUUCAGAAGAACCGAAAGGUUGGCUGCCGAUAAAGCUGCACCGACGGCAGCAGUUGAUUGAAAACAAUCUAUUAGAUUUCUUUGUUUGUUCUUACAAAAUGUACAUGAUUACUAUUUGGUUUGAAUAUUCCCUUUUUUGUAUGUGUUUAACCCAUUGCCGCCGGGGAAAAUGAAUAAAAAAUGGGGGAAAUGCUGUGAUAAUUUUUCAUAUUUUUUGUGAAAUGUCUCUACACAUAGAUGGCUCUGCCGUACUUGAUUUCACCUUUCCUUGAAUUGGCGGGAAAAUUUAUUUUUUUACUAGUGCUAUGAAUAUCGAUGGUGAAUUUUUUAUUAUGAACAUUAUAAUUGCUAUGUUAUAAACAUUAGUAAUACAAAAAAGAUAACGUCUUUUCUUCUUUCUUUGUUGGAUUUUUUGGCUAUCAACCAGCAGCUGUGGCCAAGGUUAUUAAGCCAAUGGAUCCUAUUUAUUCUAUCAAUCUAUAUAAGGUCAUAAAACUUUGUCUCCCUUAGAAAAGUGAUUACUUUAUUUAUUAUUUUUUCAUCGUUUGAUAGAAGACUUGAUGUAAAAUCUUUAUUUCUUAUUCUUAGAUCUUAUUCUUAGGUCUGUUUAUAUUGUAUGUUGGGCAUAUUAACAUAUGGUUUAGAGUUAGGAUGGUGGUGCAUUGAGGACACUGUAGAGGAAAGGUUCUUUCUAUAGUGAGGUGGGUGAUUCUGAUGGCGUUGACCCUGAGGCGGGCUAAAACCACCUCCUCCCAUCUUGCUUUCCUGUGGGAUGUAUCCCACAGUUCUAUUGUUGUUUUGUGUUUGCUGUUUAUUUGAAGGCUGGUCCAUUCACUUUGCCACAGAAGAUGUAUUUUUUGUUUUUAUAAGAGACACAAAACACCUGAGAUCUGUACGAAUUAUGUUGAUGUCCAGACCAUCAGUGGACCCGGUUAAUUUGUCAGCCUUUUCAUUGCCAUGCAUACCAGAGUGGCCUGGUACCCAUAUUAGCUUGAUUGAUUUGGUGGCACCAUGUAACUUGUGGAUGAUAUUACCCAGCAGUUAAUUUUUAGUGGUUUCUAAGGAUUUAAUAGCUUGAAGUGAAAAGUUAAGCAAGAAAGAUCUAUGCAUGAUUCGGCAGUCUGAACUUUAGUUCACAUUCAGUCGACCAUACAGCUGCACCCACACACUCAUCUGUCUUGGAGCCGUCGGUAUAUAUAUGAAGAAAAUGAAAAUGUUUAAUAAGGAUCUCUCUGAACCUUUUGCGUAGCUCCACCUUCGCCAUGAGGCUUCCCAUGGCGCUAUAUCUGACUAAACCAGGGUAUCGAUGGUAGAGAGCUAUACCGACUUUCUCGACGAGGUCGUAGAGUCGCGUGGCAAAGGGCCUAGUGCCUCCAUUGCCAUUAGGGUGGCUCGGGUCUCGAGCAACCUUUGCCGCAUAGGUCAGUGCUAACUGGCCACGUCUGAGUCGGAGGGGAGGUACUCCUGACUCCACCUCAAGACGCUCGAUCCGAGUACAUUUUAGGGCUCUAACAUGCACAGCAUCCAAACCUUUCAAACUUGUUUUCGAUGCCGAGCCAGACACGAUUGACCCAUAAUCUACUUUAGACCUAAUAUCAUUAGUAAAAACUUUCUAUCAGCUCACCAUUUAUUACCAGAAAUGGACUUUAAUAAAUUUAGUGUUUUUUGACAUUUAUUCUUUAACUGACCAAUGUGGGUUUUUUCCAAUUGAGCCUACUAUCAAAGAGUAGACCAAGGAAUCUAGCAGAAUUUUGAUUAAGUAUUGGGUGGUUGUCUAGAGAUAGCCUGAUGUUCGGCCUCCUCCUAAGUGAAAAAAAAUACCCCAAUACUCUUUCUAGUGGAAAACAUAAAGCCCCGCUGGGUUUUAAGUUGAUAUGAAUUUUUAGUUGAUAUGAAUCAUAUCGACUGCCAGUUGGAUGCGAUUUGCCGAGAAGUCUGCAUUAUUGCUGGAAUGCCAUAAUGCACAAUCAUCAGCGUACAGUGAGUAUUUAAGAUGCCGAGGAGCUGGUAAGAUGUCAUUUAUCAUGCAUAGAAAUAAUGUUGGUGACAAGACACUUCCAUGUCGGACCCCGUUUGCCUGGACAAAAAUGUCAGAAAAAGUGACAUUGUCAGAAAACAAUUUGACAGAAAAAGUUCUGUCAGAGAUGAAAUUUUGAAUAAAGCAAGGCAAGUUUCCACGUAAUUCAAAAGCAUAAAGUUUUCUGAGUAGGCCAUAUCGCCAUGUCAUGUAGGUUUUUUUCUAUAUCUAAAAAUACUGAUAUGAAAUCAUCUUUUUUGGGGAAUUGCCUCUUGAAUAUGACUGUCCAGCUUUACUAGUUGAUCGAGAGUUUGGCGUCCCUUUCGGAAACCGUACUGCUCGUCAAUUAGCAAAUUACUGGACUUUAAAAAAUGCAAGAGCCUACUGUUAACAAUUCGUUCCAUAACCUUGCAUAAGCAAGGAGGUAGGAGAUGGCAUAUCUGGGAUUAUCCUCUCCUUUCAAUAUGGGAAUGAUGUGGGCGAAGUGUCAAGAUAACGUAAAAUAUUUUCGUAAAUUAAAGAAAAGGGUAAACGGGCGAGACAGGCAGUACUCGUAAUUGGCUCACUGGUAAUUUAGUACGUGUGGCCAUCUAUGCGUAAAAACAAUUAAACAAGUAAACUCACACGGGCAUGGACGUGCGUGACAUGCCCGUCGUGAAUGGGUUAAGUUGUCUAAGGUAUUUAAUUCAAAGAUUAGUAACCAACUUGUGGGGGAAAGUGUCAGGAAUGCACUUAUUCUGCGGGAGGAAGUUCUUGUAAACCAAUAUUUGUUUCAUUAUAAAAAUUGUCGUUAAUUCCUCAAUGAAAGCUACAGUGAUAUUUUGUAACCUUUCAUGUCGGCGUCCCCCAUUUUUCUUCUUCUUUUAUUACUGUAAAUAAGAAAAUGUUAGUACCUACUUUACUUAUGCAGCGUGACAGCGUGUCGUUAUAUGUUUAGAUGUAGAAUAUACUUACGGCAGUUUGCGCAUGUGCAUGUGCACACGGAGACACACAUGGUGUUUGUGUGCGUUUGUUUCGUGCAUGGGUGUGUGUCUCCUUCGAGCAUGCUUUUAUAAGUAUUAUGUCCAAAUAACCACACGUCAAUCAGUUAAAACAGCUGAAUAUGAAAGGCUACGAUUGCUGACUGUCAUCUUGCCUAUGCAGCCGCGUUAUAUGUAGAUUUAAUACUGUUUUACUUUCAUUAAUAUUGAAUAUAUUUCACUGUAUUAAUUAUUUUUUAUUUGCAUGUAUUUCAUCAUCUUAUUGUUUAUUGACUAAAUAACCCUUUGUACAUACUGAGAAAAUAUAUUUGUUAUUCAUCUGUA